UUUUGUUUUUUUCUCUUCUUAAAGCAAAAUUAGAAACCUGUAGCUUCAAAAUCCUUCAUUCUGUUGUGUUUUUAAAGGCCUUGUUCUUGCUCAUGAGCUUAGUACUUGAACCUGAAAACGGACUCAGGAAAUGUCUGAUAUCUGAGCGAAUCCCCUCAUUUUGGUGCCUGACAUUAUGGUGUUAGAGCAGCAGAUGCUCAGAGCGUGGUGCAUACUCGCUUCAUCCAAAGGUGGCUGUGAAUCAUUGUGGCUGAUGGGAGGCUCCACACAGUGUAAGUUUUUUUAAAGUGUAAAGUAUGUAGGAGUGUGACAGUGUUGCAAGUACACCCCUUUAGCAAACAUUGUAAAUAAGAUGUCUAAGAGGACAGGUCUGUUUGUGCUGCUGUAUUUGGUUUUAAUAAAUGCCUAUACUCUGGUGAUGUUGCAGAAAUUCUUCCAGUUUUCCCACAGUGGAAAUUGCUGUACUGCACUUCAAAGUCUUUGGCCUCCACAGCAGUGGACAAAAGAUAAAUACAUUAACUGGCCCACCAGACAAGUAAAAGCUCCAGUGUGCUGCCCAGACCCGUGUUUUGUUUGCCUCGAAACCUGACUAAGCUAAAAAGUGGUAGAUAACACAAUGUAAUAAUGAAUGGUAAACUGGUUAGCUAAUUAAGCGCACAAAUAUACGAUCAUUAUCCACUUCUAACUUCUAAUGUAGCUCAUGGUGUUUGCGCCCUCACAGAAAGUCAGCAACAAAAACCCCAACGUUUCGGCUGUAAGAUUUGGUGUUCUGUCCUCAUGUAGCACGUGAAAGAUAUUUUUCAAGUUUGGAUCAUCAGAAGAAUUUAUGUGUUUUUACACAAAUGAAUGUAUAAAGGCCUUUAAUGUGCAUGACACAGCAUUAAGAUCUGUCAGAUGUUUUCAGCCCUGCUAAGUUGUUAGUAAUCAUAAAUGUAAUAAGUUGAUGGAAUGUGUAUUGGAUUUAUAACAGCUCAGAACAGAUGACUGUACCAAGAUGAUUUACAUGCUGCUUGUAAUAAUGUUUUUCGCCUGUGCAUUAAACGUUCUUAAAAGAGGACUACGUGAAACAGAAAAUGUUCCAGACACUUUUUAUAUGCGUAGGAUGUUCUUUACAGAUAUUUAAGUCACAUAACCAUCAUGAUUGUAAGUGAAUAUUAAAUAUAAAUUAUGAUUUGACUUGGACAGAUUUUCAAAUCCAAAUCAUUUCUAACUUGACACACAUUUUAAAGCUGUCGAAUUUGUUCAGUUAUGUUUAGAAAUGUUGAUAAUGGGUGUAUACGUACUUACCGCCUCCAACCAAAAUAAUGCCUGAUCAGCAAUACUUCAGUGUGCAUGUCUGUUUUGAACCUAUUUAUCGAGUGAGACCACUGUUAGUGUGAAGAGUGAGAGAGGCUUAUUGGUGAAAAAAAAUAAGACACUGAAUAAUGUGUUUAAUACUGUAUCUCUAAUGGUUUAGAUAUUAUUAUAAGGCUGUGUUUUAUGACCAUAAACGCAACAGAAAUCUAGUCUUCACGCAGUGGAAGACUGGAGUUUGUUUCUAAUAGCCCUAAAUGUGACUUUAAGCAGUUUUUAUUUCUUCUUUUAGGGUAUUUUACACAUAUCAGGAGCGACUGCUGAUAACCAGAUUGAUUCUUAGUGAUUCAUAUCCUGUAGGGCCCUAGUCAAAUGUAAAGGGUUCUACACUGACUUUGUUAUUACUUUUUUUUUUUUUGCCAUUUGAAAGUGCAAUGUGCCAUGACAGUGAUGUGCCGUGUGUGUGUGUGUGGGUGGGUGGGUGUUUUGGUUGGGUGGGAGUAACUGUUUGUCAUAUCCUCCAGUGUUUGUACCAAAUAAAAGAUCCAGUAGAGCAUGAAAAACUUUGUAGGAACUGACUUAAUGAUUGAUUGGUGAACCAUACUUAAAGGAGUUUGUCAUACACACAUGCUGUUCAUAUAAUUAGAUUAGAUGUAGUUCCUUCUUACAAAUAUCUUAAAUACUGUAUAUUUUUGCACAAAAAGGAAAUGAAGAGGAAUAUUCUGAUCAUGCCUGGGGAACUCUUUCAGUGUUGACAAGUGUCUAGUUCCUCCAGCACAUUGUUUCCAUAAAUAAAUGAGUUCCUUUUUGUUUUACAAGCAGUGAGUGGCAUUAAUUUUGCUUUGUCUCUAUCAUUUGUACACUUCCUUAUUGCGCGUUAAUUCCAUGCCAAGACUGCUACUUUUAUUGUAUUGUGUGUGGGUGUGUGUGUGCACCUCUGGCCAUUUCUGGGAAAUUCAUUUACACUUAUAUUUAUGUUAAACAUUUGUUGAGGAAUAUCUAUGUGAGACAGUUUUCAUUUCACUGUCUAGUGUGGAAUGUGUGGUGGAUAAAAUCCAACCAAAGGAGGCGUUGCAAGCUUGGCAGGAAGUUUGAAGUUUGACUUAUGAAGGCAGUGCUCUCUCUCUCUCUCUCUCUUUCACUCUCACUUUUUCAUACACUUUCUCUUUUUGUUGUGCAGUGUUCUCUCUUCACUUUGUAAGGAGGCAAACACAAGGACUAAGUCCUUAUUAAUGGGCUGAAAACUGAGUAGCUUGUGUAUAAGCAAAUCCCACUGAACCUGUGGAUAAUGCGUGCAGUGGGUGCUGCUCCAGUUCAGGUGGAGCGUCAGAGGCCUUCAUGGGUUGUUGUGGUAGUGACUGUGGCGGCGAUCACCUCAUCCUCGCUAUCAGCUCUGUCCCUAUACCACGUGCUGGCUCUGCAGGCAGAGGUGGAAGUGCUGAGGAGCGAAGUGAGCCGCAGGAGAGAAGGAUGCAGGGACACAGCGGGGGAAAGUGUGAGAGGACCUCAGCCUCAGCAGCAGCCACAUGACGAUGACAGGAACACUCCUGAAAUGCAGAUGGACGCUUCUGGAAGGCAGCAGGAGCAGAUCAGAUUGAAGAAGAGAAGCCUGGGAAUGUUUCAGCCGUUCUUGCAGAUGAUGGCAGACAGCAAGAGGGAGCUCCAUCAGAAAGAGUUUGCACUGGAGAAACACACUGGCAUUCCAUGGCAGGAGGGUCUAAAGCGAGGCGAGGCUCUUGAGAAGGAUCAGGAUGCCAUAGUGGUCAAAGAGGGGGGCUACUACUUCAUUUACAGUCAGGUUUAUUACAAAGACCCCACUUUUGCAAUGGGCCACAUCGUGAUCCGCAUGAAAAAGCAUGUGGUUGGGGACGAGAGUCAACAUGUUGUUCUGUUCCGCUGCAUCCAGAGCAUGAACAUGAAGGUUCCCUAUAACACCUGCUACACAGGAGGGAUAGUGAAGCUAGAUGUUGGGGACAGAGUGGAGCUGCUCAUACCUCGCCCAACAGCAAACAUCUCUCUGGAUGGAGACUGCACCUACCUGGGGGCCAUCAAACUGGCCUGAUCUAACUCAGGGAGAUGGAACUCUACAAGAUAGUGGACAUGAGACACCAGGCUAUACUGCUUUUGGAAAUCUCAGUACACUGGUUUUCAAGCACCUUCUUUCCCUAUCCUGUAGAGAUUGUGCAUUUUGCACAACUUAGUGUAUUGUUAGGAACUGAGGAACUCCAAUACUUUACAUGUGGAGGUUGAUGAGUUUGAGCUAAAUACAUGUGAAUUUGCUAUGGUAAAUUGCCUCUCAGUGUGAAUGAGUGUAUGAAUGUGUGUGUACCUGGUGCCCUAUGAUGGACUGGUGUCCCAUCCGGGAUGAAUUCUCUCACCAUGCAACCACAGUUCCAGGGAUUGUCUGCUACCUGGCCAGGAUAAAUCGGUGACUGAAGAUGAAUGACUGAAUUGCUCUUAGGUUAUGUCUAGAUGGUGCCCUGUGAUAGACUGGUGUCCCAUCCAGGCUCUAUUCCCACCUCAUGCGCAGUGUUCCUGGGAUAUGCUCCGGGUCCAGGAUAGAGUGCUUACUGAAUGUAACUGAAUGAGUGAUACAUGUGGAACUCCUUACGCAGUGGAAAUCAAAGUCUGCCUGUGGACCUUGGAAACCAGAGUCAGUGUCAUAAUGACCUCAAACUCAGAGCAAAAGUUUUCCUGCUUUCCCCAAGUCUACGAAGACUUGGCCUUUGAGAUGGACCUUUCGACAAGUUUUGAACACUUCUUCUUCCACAUAAAUCAUCAUCUUCCUCUGUCUUAAAUAAAAUGACAUACAUGUAGAGACCAGAGACUUGUUCAGUAACAGUUAGACACAAUGCCAGUACUAUAGGCUAACAGCAGUUGUGGUCAAUUUUCAUAAUGCUUUUGCAAGCAUAGGACGUGUGUGUUAUAACCGCGCACAGAAUACAGUAGAACUUUGCCAGUGAAAUUAGCCAACAGUUAAAUGACAAGUUUUGAAUACAUUUGUUUAGCCUUGUGAUUUGUUUGUGGUUAUGUGAUCUUUCUUUGCAUUUCAGCAGAGGGCAGCACUGGCACAUAAUUGGACCACAAUCCUAUGCCUUGCCUUUUUUUGAACAACUGGUUUUGUUUAAAAAAAUAGUGUAAUGCAAGGUACUUUUUCAUAAUGUUGUUACCAAUUUCAACCACUUGUUCAGUCUUUUGCAGUUACUGACACAAAGGGAGGAGGUCCUUAAACUCACACCUACUGUAUGUACAGUAUCUACUGUAUGUGUGUUUUUUAUUGAUAUGAAUCAGUAAUUGAUGUAAAUUUGUGAUGAUUCUGUACAGCUAAUGUGAACUGUGUUAUAUUCACAAAUGGCCUUCUUUAAACAUUUUAGUUAAAACAGUUCUCAGUACCAGUAUCAGUACUGUUAGCAGCCCAGUACUGACAUGUUUCAAGUUAAACCUUCAGAGGGCAUCAGUUUCCAAGUGAAAGCUUCUGUGGGAAAGGCAUGAAACACUUGUGAUAAAAAAUACAUCUAAAACGUGAAUCACUGAGAUAUUUCUGAUUUUCUUUUGACCGUAUAGCUAAUACACUCCUGGUUGCAAAAAUUAAACAAAUAGAUAAAGGAACAUAGUAUGGGAGAGCUUUUCCUUUGAUUUCUGUACAUGUUUAAGCCUUGUGGCCCUUGAUGGGCUGCAUCAGUUGUGGCAGAUAACCAAAUAAUGGCUAAUCUUUUAAGAAAUAAAAGCAUCCCAGAAGAUAUUUUUGGAAAAAUUUGUACACCCAGACAUGUUAGUUUGAAUUUUACGUCAACAUUUUAAUCAUUAUCAUGAUUUUACCAUUUGUACAAUAAUAUAUAAGCAAAUUUCUCUGUUUCUAGCUUUUCCCCAAACAGUUCACUGCAGAAAAAGUAAAUGGUGGCACAGGAGCUCUCAGAAGUGCAUUUACUUAAUUCUCGCUAAUUUCUGAUCAAUGAUUUAAGACCAUUAAAAGCUUAAUAUUUGUCAUUUUGGGUUUGGCCCAUUUUUUGCCCAGGAGUGUAAUAUCUUUGUAAAAUGCAUAUGUAAUAUUUAAAUGA